CGCUCCUGUCUCGUUACCGGCAGUGCCCCAAAACUCCCUGCCGUUGUGCCAAGGCCUCACAUCCACUCACAGCGCAGGAUCCUUGCUCCAUGCAGUCCUCCUCAGUCCUCAAAACACCUGGGGGUUCCAACUCUCGGUUUUCUUGACCUUCAGAACUUCCAUGCCUCUACGCUAAUUUUGGAAGCAUGAUGGUGUCAAACGCUAUGGCUUCGCUGCGAGGUCUCUCUCUGUUUUCUCACAUAAUAAACAAGAUCGAAGCCCGUCGCUCGAUGGAUCGCUGUCAUUCCCUUUUCUCUGUUCUCAUCUCUAGCGCUCUCAGCAUUUCGCACGUCCAGAUCGAUCUCUAUUAUCCAGGAGCAUUUGAUAAAUUCCACUUUAUAACCCUACACUUUGUUUCAGCCUGGCAGUGGGGGUGACCAUUGCCCUCACCGUGUCCCACGCAAUUGAAUAAGGAAAACGUUAAGGGAAAAUACACCGGUUCAUAUCUUGACUCAUACCCCUGCAGUAGCGCACCUGCAAAUUACUUCAGGGCCAUGGUACGGGUAAAUAUACUUCGGGUGGCGCCAUCAGCGCCCAGGUAGUUGAUAACGUUAAUCACUUUAAAAUAUGUCGGGUUACUGUUCAGAUGCAAGAAAAAAGGGGUAUGAAACUUAAGAUGUCCAGGAACAACAUUGACCGACCCGGUUUAGCCGCCCAACGAGCAGGGGUGAAUCCAGGGAUUCGGAAUCUCCCCAACGGUUCGAACAUGGAGAUUAUUGGGAUUGGAAUAUCUUAAUAGAAGAGGCUCAAUCUCUUUUAGCAGCAGUG